AUUAAUAGAUAUGUAAUAAAGUAAAAGUAUUCACAAUUAUUCUGUCUUCCGAAGUAUAUAUGACCUUAUAGCAAUAGAUUUCUCAGCAUUAGAUAAACUCUCGCAGUACUAUGAGUUCAAGGAUCCUAAAGGAUAAUCAUGUAGUGUACAGUUUCUGCUGCUUUAUUCUCCUUCUUCGCAUACCUUCAGAUAUUGAACUAUUUCGUUGUCAAGCAAAUAAACACUACGUGAGUAACGCAAAGUUUUCGGCCUCCUAAUGCGGGCCUUCCUAUAUAGUACAGGUAAGACAAUCAAUGCGUAAUGUUAAAGUAAGACAGUCGACAAACGUAUCCAUACCCAUGUAAAGCACAGUAGUGCUGAAGAGACUAUCUAAAUGAUGGAAAAAUUUAUAAAUUAAAGAAAAGUUUUUAAAAAGUUGGUCCAUUAAAUAAAUAGGAAUCUACAAAAAAGUAAAUUAAAGAAAAAUACAACAAAAUGUUACAAAGAUAUGACUUCCUGGCAAAGAUGCUGUGCCUAUUGUCCAGGAAAUCUAGCCCGGUCGAAGGAUCCUCGGGAACACGUAUGUAACGUUCCAAAGUACGCCUCAGGAACAUUGAAAUUUUCUUCCCUAAGUGGUGCCGUACGGAAUAACCAGGAACGCGAAGAGAGACUGCGGGGAAAACCAAAGAAAGAGAGAGAAAUGCGUUUCUCCUCCUGCUACGACAAUUUUGCUAUCGCUAAGAAAUUUCAUACGGAAAAUCUACAGCAUCAACCAUUACCGGACAAGGUGGACGAUAAUGUCUUUGCGAACUUUAGACGUGCAAAAUCCUCGGGCUCUUUAUCAUCCUGUAAAAGAAAUCAUGACAAAUCUCCAUGUACCAAACAGCAUUCAGAAAUUGUUACUCACUACCCAAGAUGUCUUUAUGGUCCUGAGUUGGGUUGCAAGAAACCAUCAACGUAUAUGGAUCUUGCUAUUUGUUGGGAUGCUCCGAUUAAUCCUGAUUACGAACCUCACCGACCAGUUCAUAUCGAUGGCUCGGAUGGUGGAUCAGCACCAGCCAUUUUUACACUUGUACAACGCGGGAGCAAUAUACAUGACAAUGAAUACCUGAGAUCAACCAGGGUAGACAAAGCUAAGAAUAAACAGGAAAUACCAAGACAGUGUUAUUCCUCCUGUAGAUGCUGUGAAAAUCGUAAGUCUGAGGUACCUCAGUAUAAUUCAGGUGAAAAGGAACUCGCCAAACUCGAGGAACGUUCUGAGCAUGACCUCUGUAAAAAAAUGAAUGAUCUACAAGUCACUGGGAAUGAUUGUCUGUUAGAAGAUAUUGACAAAACUAAUACAGGAAUUCGUGCCAGGCCGCAGCAUGCAGAUUUUCUUCGACAUUGUGCUGCCUGUAACUUUAAUGCGCAGAAAAGCCUUAAAAAAAAUAGACGCCGAUUAAUUCAGUCAGCUAGUAAAUCUCAAAGAGCUCAAAACUCUCGUAACGGACUACCAAACAGUGUGAAUGUUCCAAGACCAAGAACACCAUAUGCGAAACGAUCGUUUUGUAUUGAUACACUGACGCCACCUUUUAGUAUAGUUAAAGGAUGUAGGGAUGCUGAUUAUCCUGAACAUUGGAGACUCAUGUCUGUUUAUCAACAAUCUUAUAGAAAUCCUUAUAAGCAACAAAGAAUGAUGCUUAAUUACAAUCACUGAUCUAUUUGGAUAUAUUCAUUUAAUAUAGAAUUUUAUUUGAACUUAAUUAUUUUUAACGAUGUUUCUGAUAUAUUAA